UUUAGGGCAGAUAAACAUAAUAAUAUUAAUUAAAAAUUCUUCAGGGACUAUUUAAAGAUCGAAAUAUUAGAAAUCUAGGGCUCUUUUUCCUUGCGAGUAGAGUUGCAACGGCCGCCAUGGUUCUCAAGACUGAACUCUGUCGCUUCAGUGGGGCCAAGAUAUACCCAGGCAAGGGUAUCAGAUUUGUUCGUUCUGACUCUCAGGUCUUCCUCUUCGCCAAUUCAAAAUGCAAGAGGUACUUCCAUAACCGACUUAAACCCUCAAAGCUCACCUGGACAGCCAUGUACAGGAAGCAGCAUAAGAAGGAUAUUGCUCAAGAAGCUGUUAAGAAGAGGCGUCGCGCGACUAAGAAACCUUAUUCAAGGUCUAUUGUAGGUGCUACUUUGGAGGUUAUACAGAAGAAGAGAACAGAAAAACCUGAAGUUCGGGAUGCUGCUCGGGAGGCGGCUCUGCGUGAAAUCAAAGAGAGAAUCAAGAAAACCAAGGAUGAAAAGAAAGCCAAGAAGGCAGAGGUAACGGCGAAGACACAAAAGACCCAAGGCAAGGGUAGCAGCAUGCCCAAGGGUGGGAAGGGCCCCAAGCUUGGAGGGGGUGGUGGCAAGCGUUGAAAUUAGCUUCUUUGUUUUCUUAUUGGGUAUUAUAAAGUUUUGAAGGCUUGAUAUCUUGAUAAGGUGGUUCUAGCCGAACUCAUUGUUGAAUACUUUUUUAUUGCCUUUUUAUUAUGCAUGGUUGACUGAUUUUUUAUUA